UUUCCCUUUGACCUCUCCCAACUCCCACAUUCAAAUUUUUCAAAUUUAUUCCAUUUAAAACCUCUCUCCCUAUUCUUUUCUCUCUAUAAAUAUCCCAUUAAAAUCACCCAAAAAAGAAAGAAAGAAAAAAAAAAGUUUAAUUAAUUGAUGGCUCUACAGAGGAAUAAUUUAGGUUCAAUAAAAGAGCCUCGUUCUGUAGUUAAGAAGUUUCUUGCUAGACCUCAACAUGAAGGCCUUGGAGCUGUUGUUAGAAGAAGCAUCGGCAGGUUUGAGCUUAAAUACUUUGAUCCAUUCCUUGUUCUUGAUGAGUUUUCUGUGAGUGCACCUGGUGGGUUUCCUGAUCAUCCACAUAGAGGAUUUGAAACUGUCACUUACAUGUUACAGGGAGCAAUGAUACAUGAAGAUUUUGAAGGGCAUAAAGGAAGAAUUGAAGGUGGUGACUUGCAAUGGAUGACUGCUGGCAAAGGCAUUGUUCACUCUGAAAUGCCUUCUUCCAUUGGCACCCAACGUGGCUUACAACUUUGGAUCAAUCUUUCCUCCAAACACAAAAUGAUUGAACCGAGGUAUCAAGAAAUACACAACGAGAACAUAGUGGAAGCUACAAGAGAAGGAGUAAAAGUGAGAGUGAUAGCAGGCGAAGCCUUGGGAGCAAAAUCCUCAAUCGACACGAAAACUCCAACCAUGUACUUGGACUUCACUCUUGCCCCAGGAUCUCGCAUCGAGCAGUCAAUCCCAAUGGGAUGGAAUGCGUUCGUGUACGUACUAGAAGGCGAUGGCGGAGUAUUCGGAAGCAUGAAAUCGAUGCCGACGGUUACACCACAUCACCUUCUUUUGUUAGGGAAUGGGGAUGGGUUAGAGGUGUGGAACAAGUCAUCCUCCAAAACCCUAAGGUUCAUAUUGGUUGGAGGUCAGCCAUUGAAUGAGAGUGUUGUGCAGUUGGGGCCAUUUGUGAUGAACACUCAAGAAGAGAUUGACCAAACCAUUGAGGAUUUUGAGAAUUGUACAAAUGGCUUUGAGAGGGCAAGGCAUUGGAAGAGUUCACAACCUUAAUUCAUAAUUACUUAUUGGGAAUUUUUAAAGUUUGUAAAUUAGAAUAUGUGUCAUUUAGAAAUUCAUAUGAAAUUAUUAAUUAUUAAUGUAUUGUUAAUUAAUUACAAUUUAUUCAACAUAAAUAGCUUAAAGUCUCCUUGAAUUUA